UCAGCCAAAAAGCUUUUGCAAAGCCUGCUUAAUUCAGUAGAAAACAAAAAAACUCCAUGGAUUCUACUGCUUCAUUCAGGAUCAAAUACUAAAGGCCAUCUCACUGGAGUCCAUCCCACUCAAAAACCACAAUCAUAUCAACAAAUUUGCCGCACACAUCCCAAAAUUCUUAACCUUUUUCUUCAUCAAUGGCUACGCAAGAUCACCUCCACCUCCAUGAGCAACACCACAAACAGAGCUAUGAAGAGCUGCUUUGCUCUUAUUUAGGCAUAAGUUUCGCAAUCUUUCUAGGGUUCCUUCCUAAACAAUCGCUUGCUUUGGUCACAUCUCUCCAAACUCAUGACGAAUCACUCUCUAAAAGGCUCUUACAAGCAGAAGAACAACUCGAGCAGCUCUACUCGCGAAGAAAGGAGGAUUCCAAAGCGAAUGCUAGGGUUGUUGAGAUAUUCGCUAGCCACCGCCACGGAUGGCAGCAAGAAGAGAAACGCCUCCUCCGUCAGAUCGACGAAAACGUGGAGGAGAUUGCGAAUUUGAGGGCUAAAGUGGAGGACCUCGAGAUUAGGGUUGAUGAGUUGAAAAGGGAAGUGAGUGAGAGAGAUGAGUUGCUGAAUUUUAUGACGAAUAGGGAGGAUGAUGGCGGAGGAUACGGUGGCGACGGUGAUGGAGAAUUCUAUGGAGAAAUGUUGGGGUCUAGGUAUGGGAAAUUAAGGGUUUCAGAUGAGGGGAUUAACCAUAACCAUAACCAUAACCUUAAGCAUGAUAUCAAUUACGGUAAUAACAGUGUUAUGGGAGAUUGUUAUAUGGAAAGAGGGGUUCACAAUGUGGAUGAUUUGGGCUCGAUUUAUGAUGUGCAUUCCAUGUUUAAAUCUUCAGAGUUUUCCAAUUCCGAGGUUUCCAAGUUCUUGGCAGAAAGAUCAAAUCUUUGGCAGGGUGUACAAUAUGAACCUGUCGAACAAGCUCACGAUUUGAAGCACUAUGUAACAAGGAGAGAAUCCCCUUGGAAGGUGGAUGGUGAUUCAUCCGGGGUUUCUGCAAAACUAAAAUUGCUGGAACAAGAGCUUCAAAAUUUGGAAAAUAUCGGAUCAAAUGAUUUGUUAAAAGUCCCAUCAUUAAUGAGAAAACAAGCAAAAAGAUAUCAAGCUCUAUCCGGAAAAAUCGAUGAUCUUUGCAGAAGAAUGCAGGAGAAUGAUCCUUGUGAACCAAAUGCGGGUUUAGAGUUUCGAACACAGAGACAAACCGAGUUUUUACUAGAAGCACUUCGGCUUCAACAGCGUGCGUCUGAAACGGGUCAGAAGUUGAUGGCAUUGCAAACAGAAACAGGGAAUGGGAACGGGUGUAAUUAUGGUAAUGAUUUGGUGGAAGGGCGUGCAAGAUUAACUACUAGACUCGCGUUAAACUCCAUAAGAAAUAAUUUCAGGGAUAUUCAGAGAAAUUUGGAGAUAUGGUUGGCCAGAAUCAUUGGUGAUGUUGAAGGGAUUUUGGCUAGAGAUGGGGCUUCGCGUGUCAAUGAGUAUUAUAUUUCUCCGAGAUACCCUUUUGUUCAACACGAACGAUUCUAAGUUUUAACAUUUUUUUUUGGUUUGAUGAAUUUAAAAUCGAUUGAUUCAUGGCUUGAUGUGUACAUGUUUUUGGCCUAAUCUUGAAGUUGUGUUAGAAUG